AGUCCCGCCUCCAGCCCUCUCGGCCUAUGCCGCGUCGUGUCUCGCGCUAGCCCCGCCUCCAAAGUCUUCUCAACCUAUCCUGCCCCCGACAGUUGGCGCGCUGCUCUGACGUCAGAGGCGGCGCGCGGCGCUCUGCGUCCUGCGGCCCAGUGGCCAUGCCCAAGCGGGGCUGCCCGUUCGCGGACGCAGCCCCGCUGCAGCUCAAAGUUCGCGUGGGCCUGAAGGAGCUGAGCCGCGGCGUGUGCGCGGAGCAGUACUCGCGGGAGGUCUUCGAGAAGACCAAGCAGCUGCUUUUCCGUGGGGCCCAGGCCUACAGAGCCCACGUGUGGGGCGAAAGCUGUGCCAUCGUCAACCUGCCAGCAUCCCCGAAGCCUGGCCCCACAGAGACACCCCGAGCUGCAAGGGGCCAGAUGCUCAUUGGACCUGAUGGCCAGCUGAUCCGGAGCUGUGCGCAGGCCUCCAAGGCUGACCUAUCUGGGGCCACAUCCCAUGCCUGCUCAUCGUGCGUGCGAGCUGUGGAUGGAAAGGCGAUCUGCAGCCAGUGUGAGCGGGCCCUGUGUGGGCAGUGUGUGCGUACCUGCUGGGGCUGUGGCGCUAUGGCCUGUGCCUUGUGUGGCCUUGUGGACUGCAGCGAUGUGUGUGAGAAGGUGCUGUGCAGCAGCUGUGCCAUGUUCGAAGUCUGAGGCCGCGUGUCCACGAGGAGCUUGUGUGUGUGUGUUUUGUACUUUAAUGACAGAAGUGAAUAAAGCUCUUUAUAUUUGCA